CAUGCUAACUGCAAGUCAGCUCUUUAUCGAUUGCUUAGUCAAAAACUGGAAUUAUAAAACGUUAUUUUUGAUAUUUUCAAAAACCGCACAUAUAAACGUUUAAUAUUCAUCUGUAUAACUUCCCAGUGUCCCCUAACUCAAACAUUAACUGAUUUAACGUGUAAGCCAUUAAUGAUGUAGAGUAUUAAUGUAAAUUGAACACACCUGCGGGUUGAGACGUUUACUAAAAUUAUUUAGCGCAUGCGCAGAUGUAAAACAAGACGGCAAUCACCGGUAGCCGAUCUACGCAUGCGCAGGAUUGCAGCAGCUAAGGCGCGUGCGCACUAGCUUGUCCGUAAUCGUCAUCAAAAUGAGACACACAUACAGCGUCGAAUAAGACAUUUCAGGUCUCAAUAGCACCAGUCAACAUGGUCAACGUGCACAAAGGUGUCCUCGUCGAAUGCGACCCUGCCAUGAAGCAGUUCCUCCUGUACCUGGAUGAGACCAAUGCCCUGGGGAAGAAGUUCAUCCUGAAGGACCUGGAUGACACACACGUGUUCAUACUGGUUGAGGUGGUCCAGACCCUACAGGAGAGAGUGGGAAAGCUCAUAGACCAGAACUCGUUCACCAUCACACAGAAAUGAUAGACCAUUAAAAAAAAAAGAAAAAAGAGAGACUCACAAUUGUCCGCUUUGGUUUAACUUUAUAGGCAUCUUUUUUUUUUACAAUAAACAAUGUAAAGAACCAAACAAUA